ACAGAGAUUCCUCUUGCGAGGCGACCAGUGUUAAUUUUUUUGGAGCAGCAGGAUCCUGCUGAUCGCUCAUACUCGAUACAGUGUUGCCGUUCGCGUUUUGAUGUUUGACAAGAUUCUGACAGCAAAAAGAAUAUCUAUUUUUCCUCCGAUGAGAGAGAUCUGUAGAUUAAUACGUGAAUUUGAGAGAUUGUGUUGUGUCGCAGCUUAGCAGGAAUUUUUAUCAGUUUACAAUUGUAGUUUGUUGCAGUGCAUAUAACACAGCUUAUUUUGUGAUAGUUUAAUAUCUUAUUACGAAUUUGCGUACUGAUCCCUCAUCUGUUUUGAUAGUGAUGAUAUUCAACUCCUGAAACGUUAAUAUUUAUGUUACAUGCUACCAAAUAUUUGAGAAUAAAGAUGCCUUUAUUCGGGAAAGAAAAGAAAGCAAAAAAGGAUGGCAAAGAGUCAGAUAAACAGCCUUCAAUCGAAGAUAAAUAUUAUAUGAAGGAACUCUUGGGGACUGGAGCAUUCUCUGUUGUGAGAUUAGCUGAGAGCAAAGAGAGGCCAGGUCAAAUGUAUGCCGUUAAAAUUAUUGAUAAAAAGGCUUUGAAAGGAAAAGAAGAUUCUUUAGAAAAUGAAAUUAAGGUGCUCCGAAGGCUGACGCAUACUAAUAUUGUACAACUGUUAGAAACUUUUGAGGAUAAAUCUAAGGUUUAUCUUAUCAUGGAACUGGUAACAGGAGGAGAACUUUUUGAUAGAAUUGUUGAAAAAGGAUCCUAUACUGAAAAAGAUGCAGCUGAUUUGAUAAGACAAGUACUAGAAGCUGUAGACUAUAUGCAUGAACAAGGUGUAGUGCAUAGGGAUCUGAAGCCUGAAAAUCUCCUUUAUUACAACUCUGAUGAAAAUAGUAAAAUUAUGAUCAGUGAUUUUGGUUUAUCUAAAAUGGAAGAUUCUGGAAUCAUGGCAACUGCAUGUGGUACUCCUGGGUAUGUAGCCCCAGAGGUUCUUGCACAAAAACCUUAUGGUAAGGCAGUAGAUGUUUGGAGUAUAGGAGUAAUAUCUUAUAUUUUACUUUGUGGCUAUCCACCAUUUUAUGAUGAAAGUGAUGCAAAUCUCUUUGCACAAAUACUUAAGGGUGAAUUUGAAUUUGAUCCCCCUUACUGGGAUGAAAUAAGUGAUUCAGCAAAAGAUUUCAUUCGAAAAUUAAUGUGUGUAAACGUGGAAAGACGUUUCACAUGUAAAGAAGCUCUAGCACACCCCUGGAUUUCUGGUAAUGCGGCUAGUAAUAAGAAUAUACAUGGCACUGUUUCUGAACAACUUAAGAAAAAUUUCGCCAAGUCCCGUUGGAAGCAAGCAUAUCAUGCUACUACAGUUAUUCGUCAGAUGAAACGAAUGGCACUUAGCAGUGGGAGUAGUGGAGGUAAGAGUCCCGUACCUGAACGUAAUGUUGAGGACUCCAAAGAUGGGCCCAACACAGGAAAACUAAACUAAUAUUCAUAUGUAAGCUGAAAAAACUGUUAUACUAUCUCACCAACUGUUUAACAAUGUUCUUGCAGAGUUUCUACUUUUUUUUUUGACAAUAUAUACAGGGUGGCCUAAAAAAUCAUUUGACAGUAAUGAACCAUCACUGAAAUAAUUAAAAUUUCAUUUCUAGAGUUUUUGACAAUAAGAAACUUAUUUUUAACAAUUUCCAUACUUACACAUGCACAUUAAAAAUUAGUCUUUCCCUAUUUCUAUUCAUAGCGGUUUAUUUUAUUUCGGGAACUUAAUCUUGAAUAUUCAUUUUUAAUAUUUCACUGGAUAGCCGUUUUCUACACUGACAAGUUAUUUUUCAAGUAGCCACUCUGUUAAACAUUCAGAAAUUAGCUUUGGUUAUCAACAGAUAUACUUUUAUAUGCUUAAAAUAAAGUUAAGGCUUUUCUGGUCAUCGGUUGACCAUGGCUCAUUUAAAGAAGACUUCCAAGUGAAAUGUGAUGCAAUUUGUAAAGAAAGAUAUCUUAACAUACCCAUGCACCAUAUCUUUAACCAGACUAAAAUUAGAGAAUUUCAAUAGAUGUUAAAUGUGUGAAUGUUUCUUCUUUAGCUUUUACCUUCAAGGUUUCUUAGCGUUUUAGUGACAACCCAAAAACUUUUUUUUAGCAUUUCAAUCAGUACAAAAAUCUUCUUCAGAAAAACAUCAAAUUCACUCAGGAAUUCAUGUCAAUGACUUUUAAGUAAUUUUCGUUCUUUAUUUUUGUCUAAUAUUUUCAGUUGAGCAUUAUUGUGAUAAUUGCUUUUUGAUACCGAAGAACUUUUUCAUCAAAAGUAAUUGAAAUGAAUUUAUUUUGAGAUCUUACUUGAAGUAUCACUUCGAUAAGAUGUACGAUUAUUCUAAAUCUUUGUAUGAUACAAUGUAUUGAUUUUUUGAGUACUUAUUUCAGUAAUUGGGUGCACUUCGCUCAAGUUGACUUUGAAAAUGGCCUAAACUCACGUUCCUCAUAUGUAGGUCAGAAUUCGAUGACAAAAAUCUUUAUAUACAGUCUAUCCAAAGUGGGUGAUCUACUCAGGUGAUACAAGCAAUUGAAGCUCUCUAAUUCUGAUGUUGAUAUUUAAAGCAUGACUGCAUUUUUAAUUCUCAAUAUCAUUACUAGUUGCACUUGUAUAGGUUAUAUUCAACAUAUUUUUUUUUUAGUAUGUUUUGGUUAAAAUGUAAGUUUUUAGCUUAUUGGCACAAAAUAUAUUGUAUAUAUAUUUUUGUAGAUAGUUAAAAAUGACGUUAAUCUACUUAGAUAUCAUAUUCUAUUAAUUACUAAUCCAGACUUAAAUGUCAUUGUAAGUGUCGAAUCUAUGUAACAAGCGGGUUGAGUGUUCAGGCACAUGCAUUUUUAAAUUGCAUUCCCUAUUGAGUUUCUCGAAUAUAUCACUCGGAAAUAUUGAAGGUGAUUCUUGUACGAAAUCAUUCCAAAAUUUUUCAGUUUAAAAUGAAAAAAGUAUUUUAAAAAUUGCGAAGGAUCUCACUCCAUAAAAAAAAACGAGAUGAAGAAUUCUAGUGACCAAAUCGUUCGACUAUUUUUGUUUUAUCAUAAACUCGUUCAAUUUCCAUGGGACAAGGAAGAAUAAUGCAUUCCAAUUCGAAACCAAUGCUUGACAACAUGUCUCUCUAUGAACUUAAUACAGCUGCAAUAACUUAUUCCAAACAGAUAGGGACUAACAAUAUUUGAAGACGUUAAUUCUGGAAUUAUUUCUGAAUUCUAUAAUUUAUCAUAAAGAAUACACAAGUAAUUUUGAAAUAUUGAAUUCAAAAGAAAUUAAAUUCCUUCAAGUGUGCGAUCAUGAUCAACUUCAUAUUUCUUUCAAUUUGUUUAAAAAUAAUUUAGGCCUAUGAUCUGGCCUUUUCAAGUCAUAACAGAAGAAUCCGUCCUCAGACGUAAUGAAGAAUUUGAUUAUGAUCGUACUAAGUAAUACUCGCAUGUGAUAUUUUUUUUCUCUCCAACCUGUCCUUAGAAUAUAUAUGUAUUUAACACUUAAUUGAUUACAUGUUUUAUUCAAAUACAAUAAAUUUAAUGUUAUUGUUAGUAAAAAUACUACUUAAUUUUAUUUCAAGUAAAUUACAUCAGAUGUAUUUUUCCAAAGAAGGAUGACUGGGUAUGAAAUCUGCUUUGGUAAUUAUUCAAAAAAAAACUAUUUUUUAAGAAUAUUUCCUUAGGCUUGAAUGUUCGUGAAAUGUUUGCCUAUGGCUCACUAAUUUUGUUUCAAGGAUUUAUAGAAAUCAUCUUAUUGAAAUAUGCUUGAGCAUAAUAGAGAUGUUUUCAAUGGUGCUAAAUAUGGAAGUUAAUCUAAAUACUAGUUUUCUUCUUUCAUAGCCUAUGCUGUCAACUCAUUUCUUCAUCAAAGUGCCAAAUAAUCUUUUGUACCAAUAAAUUUUAUGCUAGCUUGUACCUAUGGCACUUUUCUAGAGGUAGUAUAUUUCAUAUGAUGUAUUGAAUUAAGCAAUGUAGCUUUGAAUGCUAUUUAACGCAGAUUUCUCCUACAGUCCUUUGUGAUCAUUAUUUGAUUAAAGUCAAAUUUAUACACAGAAAUGAUAAAAUAUAAAAACAAGGGAAAUUUUAAAGUCAAUUUGCAUCGAUUGUACUAUUGUUACAAUUCUGUAAUAUGUUCGGCUUCAAUUUUUGUUCUUUCUCGAAUGUAAAAAAAUUUAAAGGUUUUUAUAUUGUAUAAAAAACUAAGAUUUUCAAUCUGUCCAAUGAAAACAAUAACACUUCAUUAUUCCUUUCAUGAUUAUCCAGUGAUGUUUAAGAGUAGACCAUCUUCUGCUUUAUAUGUAAUAAAGCAUUUCUUCAUUGUACAGUAAAAAAAUAAAUAUAUACAUCGAGUUGAACAUUGCUAUAGCCAUUUCAAUGGCUCAAAUACAUGACACGAUAUAACGCAUUGUAGUAUUUCUGUAAUUUUUACUUUUGGUUUAUGGAUCUGAUUUUAUUUUGUUAUUAACUUAGUUGCCUAAUUAUAAUUUAAUUAGAUUUAAGAGGAUUUUUGAAGGUGAUCUAUAACAUGAUAUGCAGUGUUCAGAUACUUUAAUUACUGUUAAAAAUAUUUUGUUCAAGAUGAAUUAAUAUAUUUUUUAAUUUUCAUUGUUAAAAAUGGGUUUUAAUAUAGAAGUUUUAAAGUUG